AUGUCUCCCGGAAUGACGCUAUUCUCCGUGCAGGCGGUCCUCAUUCUCAGCACCGAGGACGGCGCUCGCAUCUUUGCCAAGUACUAUUCUCCUCCCCACAGCACCGGAGCUGCUGCUGGCGCGGGCGCAUCAUCAAACCCGUACCCGGAUCUCAAGGCUCAGAAGGCUUUUGAAAAGGGCCUCAUCGACAAGACGUCCAAGCAGACUGGAGACAUCAUCUUGUACGACAACCGGAUCGUCCUGUACAAGCUCGAGUCCGACAUCAUGCUGUACGUUGUCGGCAGCCUCGACGAGAACGAAAUCCUAUUGUACAAUACCGUCCUUGCGCUGCGAGACUCUCUUCACCUCCUCUUCAAGCAAUCCGUCGACAAGCGGACCAUCAUCGAAAACUACGACCUUGUCUCCCUUGCCAUCGACGAAAUCGUCGACGACGGCAUCGUUCUCGAGACAGACCCCACCAUCAUUGUCCAGCGCGUCAGCAGGGCGCCCACCCAGGACAUACCCCUCGGCCGCAUCGACCUCAGUGAACAAGGUGUCAACAACCUGGCCCAGCUCGGCAAGUCGAAGCUGGCCGAUUGGCUACGGCAGGGGCUGUGA